CUCAUACGGCAUAUAAAGGUGCGAGGUACCGGCGGUCUGCCCUCUCUGUUUAUCCACCGCUUCAUGUCGUCUUUCUGCCCGCUAGCCGAAAGUCUGUUUGCUAUGCAUUGACUCUAAACGAUCAACCUUUCCACCAGAGGCAACACAGCGGUUUAACGCGCAAUAAACAAACACAACCACACCGGCAGGGACGCGUGAGAGAUUAGGAUCAUGGUUCAGCUUUCACCAUCUCGGACUAUAGAGACUCUGACACCCUUAGAAUUGACCAUGGAGAUGGAUGGCGGGCAGGGCAGCCCUAAAUCGGACUCCUCUCGGGCACUUACAGCUUUCGAGCUCGCCCUAAACCCCUCCACGACCACCUACUACGGUUACGAAAAGUACAUUGAGGACGGCCUCAUCUGCCUCAAGCACAAGAUCCGUAACAUUGAGAAAAAGAAGCUGAAACUGGAAAGCUACAGCGAGAGGCUGAAGAAGGGAGACUCCUUAAAUCCAGAUCAAAUGGAAGCUGUGAAGAAGUACGAGGAGGUGGUGCACAAUCUUAAAUUUGCCAAAGAGCUGCAGAAAACCCUUGGUGCUCUCACACAGGAUCUGCUGAAGGCUCAGCGCAAGGCUGUCCGUCAGGAGAAACUGAUGAAGAUUGAGGCAGAGAAGAGACGUCUGAGCUUGAUGCUCCAGGUGCAAUAUGUCCUUCACAGUCUGCAGAGAGAAGAUGUGAGGAGGAACUUCUGCAACGCAAGACAGUACUCCCGUUGUGUGUCAACGCAGGACAUUGAGAGUCUGUUAGAUCUGGCGUCAUUGAUGGGAUGCAAAAGAGACCAAACCAUGAGUUUGGACGAUCAGAUGGAACAGGCGGCUAUUGUGUACUGGGAGCUGUUGGAGGGGCAAGAAAAAUCAGUUGCUGGCUCAACAUAUAAGAACAUGAAGGAGAAGCUGCUUCGACUCGUGGACUGUGGCUUUUUUGAUCGCAUACCACUUCCUCAAAAUGACAGCCACGAGAAAUCUGAAAACCAAAAGGCUGAUCCUCCAUCCAGACCAUGUAGCCUCUCGACUCUUGUGAAGCCGAGUUCAAAAGAAGUGCCUUUAAAAGAGUUUCUUAACAGAAGGUACGCAGCUGAGACGGACGUCGCGGUGCGAGGUCAGGGUGAGAAUACGCCACCCCGUACUUGGAGGGAUGAGUUUUUGGCAAUGAAGGAACGAGAGCCACCAGACUCAUGGGAAAUGGAGUUUUCUGAUCCCAUGGAAGCCUCCAAGCCCACCAUACAGAAGCCAUACAAAGGGGCAGCAGGGAUGAUCCCCAAGACUCCAGACAUUACAAAGAGGCCUAUGAUUGAAUCCAAAGAGAAACGACAGAGGAAGGGCAAGGGGGAUCAAGACUGUAAACCAAUGCCUGUUGCGGUGGAAGUCUUCAGCUCUCCGUCUCAGUUACCUAAAGACCCCGUUCAGCGCAAACAGCAGCUGGAGUCCCUGAUGGACCAGAUCUCUGGAUCCUUCAGCUUCAUGCAGGAGUCUCUUCUGGAUGGGGAAACUUCCCCCAGUAGCUGUCGGACUAAGAAAAGUCGGCCGUCUCCUGGAUCCUCUACUCCCAUUGCACAAAGGGAUUUAACAAGAAGUCCGUCAGAUAUUCUGCCUCCAUCUCAGCGUAGCACUCCCUUAAGGAUUCUGCUGUCUGGGGAAACUCAAGACUGUCUGUCGAAUGGAGACCGGUCUAUAACUGGCUCUGACCUCAGUCUGCACAAUGAAGAUACUCCUCAGAAACAAAUUGAGGGCUUCACUUCUCCACCUUUGUACCGCAGAGGAUCAUCAAUCACAAUCCCCCUGGAAAACAAGAGCUCUGUACAGGCAGGAAAGCAGCCGUUAUGCAAUGGAGUAUCAACCCCUAUGCAGACAUUUACGACUCCACCUAGUUGUCGAUCCAUCAGUCCAGACAACAGUUUCCACAACAUUCACUCUGUGUUCAGCGUGUCCUCUUUGCCCAUCAGUAAGAGCUCAGAGAUGAAGUCGGAUGAAAGUGGAUUUUCCGAAUCCAUGCAUUCGAGUUACGCUACAGCUAAAACCUCGAGUUACUCCACAGCCAGCACCCAGACACCACCUGAACUGAACCUGCCUGAAGAUGACCUCCAGAUUGAGGGCCAGUACCAGUUGGAGUGUCCGGUCAGUGCAGGUGGUCAUGUGUUCUCUGCCCAUCAGCCACAGUCUCGUCUGGGUCAGGUCAGCUACCACCGUGGGACAGCGAGAGGUAUGAUGCGUGCAGGCAGAGGUUUGCUUCACUCAUACAGAUCACCUGGUGGCUUCAGAGGUGGCUAUGAGGCCUACAGAGUGAGUGCGCGUUCUCCAGUAGGGGGCUUCAUUUCCCAGACCCACAGUGCACACAGGGACCCCACGUCUGGUCUUUUUGUGCCCAGAGAAAACGGAUAUCAGCAGAACUUCAAACGAGGUGGAUGCACAGCAACGCAACGAAACAGUGCUGGUUGGAGUGACUCAUCGCAGGUGAGCAGCCCAGACCGGGAUGGAGGGUAUCCACUCGACUCUGGAAUGAGCGACACCCUCUCAAUCGCACCCAUGGAAGUACCCAUCACCCCCCAGGGCCCCCACACGCUCAUGCCCGUUCACGUAUACCCAGUUACCCAACUCCGCGUGGCUUUCUCCGCCGCCCGCACUGCCAACUUCGCACCCGGCACUCUAGACCAGCCAAUCGCCUUCGAGAUAAUGCACACCAACCUUGGCGAAAUGUUCGACACGGCCACCGGGCGUUUCACUUGCCCUGCUUCAGGCUCUUACGUCUUCAUCUUCCACAUCCUGAAGCUGGCGGUAAGCGUGCCCCUGUACGUCAACCUCAUGCGCAACGACGAGGUGAUGGUGUCCGCAUACGCUAACGACGGAGCUCCGGAUCACGAGACCGCCAGUAACCAUGCUGUCCUACAGCUGUUCCAGGGAGACCAGGUGUGGCUGCGGCUUCAUCGUGGCGCCAUCUAUGGCAGCAGUUGGAAAUACAGCACCUUUUCUGGUUUCUUACUGUAUCAGGACUGAACAUCUAUCUCUACAGUAUAGGCACAAAAAAGGAGGAUGGGACAUUUUGGAUCUAUUGAAGGUUCUAGUUACGCUGCGCUUUUGGUUACGCAUGGUGCAACCGCAUGUUUGAAAGUUCACGUUCAAUAGUUCAAAGUCAGUCUGGAGGCCAAUGUUAAAAGAUUGCUCCUAAAUGUUUACAUUGGAUUAUUCAGGUUUUUGUAAUACAGUGAUUUGAAAGGCUUUACUGGAUACAGAUGCACAUGCUUGUAACCCAAAGUAGCUGCAUUUAAAAUGCACUAAAUUGCAAAUCCUACCAUUUCAAAAGCGGCUGGGUUUAUUCUGGUGUUUAGUACCUUGUAUUCUUGCCUGCAGAUUUAUUUUCUCAGCCAUUGAAAAGUCUGGUGUCCUUGUUUAAUGGGUCGCAAACACAUGCAUAGCUUGGCAAGAAUUAAGGAUUUUUUUUUCUGGUGAUACUUGACAUGUUAAGCACUUUAAAAGUUGACUUUGUGGCCUUGUUGGGUUUUGGGUGUACGUGUGUAUCUCUGUUUGUAUGCGUGUAUACUGUUUGUCAUGCUGAAAUGACUUGAACGCUGACUCGUGUUAAGCCAAAAUGGCUCCCUCUUGUGCCUGAAUAAAAUUGUGCAGUUCA